CCCGAAUACGCGCUGCUUUGAACGCGUCGUAUGCAGCCCAUACUUCGAAGUAUAUGUAUGAUGCACCAAGUCAUUCUUCAAUAUGCCUCCUCACAACGUAUCGAGCUCCUUGACCUCGUCGCCAUCGUCAUUGGCGUCACCCAUGGUGCCUGCUGAACGUGGCCAUUUGGCCAGAGAUCUCAAGGAAGGAACUCAAGCCGCGCACGCCGCCGCCGAGUCGGUGCCGUUCGUGACGGACUUUCUGCAUGGUCGCAUUACACAAGACGUAUAUCGCGUGAUGGUGUGCAUGCUGUACUAUGUGUACGAAGAGUUGGAGCUCCAGCUGCGACGGGCUGCAGCCAGCGACAACCCUGUCGUGGUUCCGCUUCACUUCCCCCUAGAACUCGAACGUUUGCCGUCGUUGGCGCAGGACUUGUCGUUCUAUUACGGCUCCAACUGGAAGGAAGUAAUGCCUUCGAAAACACCGGCCACUGCCGCGUACGUAGCACGCCUUGAGCAUAUUGGGUCGACCCAUCCGUCGCUCCUUGUAGCCCAUGCUUACACGAGGUACUUGGGCGAUUUGAGCGGCGGCCAGAUCCUCAAACGGCAUGCAAUUCGAGCCAUGAACUUGGCGCAUGGGCUGGGCACAGCGUUUUACGACUUCAAAAGGAUCGAGUCGUCCCACAAGGCGUUCAAGGACGGGUAUCGCCGCGCACUGGAUGCCGCCAUGGUGGAUUCCGCGGAAACCAAGCUCAUGGUCGAAGAAGCCAACGUCGCGUUCGAGCUCAACAUGGCCUUGUUCCAAGACUUGGAUGAGUUGCGAGGAGUGUACCGAGCCGCCACUAUCACCACUAGUACUACUAGGACGACGACGACGACUACUUCUACUAGUACAAGUCAGGCCUCGUCAGGAUGUCCGUUUGCAAGGCUCGCGGGCGAAGCAGCUAGUACUAGUACUAGUAGUUCAAACGUAUCGGGGUGUCCAUUUGCGAGGCUGGCGGCGGAUGCCAAUACAAGAAGCCAGUGGGCGACGUAUUUUGGCUGGUCGGUGGCCGCCGCAGCCGUGGCAGUUGUAACCGUGGGACUCGUGCAACGAACAAGCUCGUGAAUUAGUUCGAACAAAAAUGGCCUUAACUUUAUAUAUUGAAGCAUGUAGUGGUGGUGGUUAACUUGGCUAUUUGGCCUUGACCUCAGCUGGUCACAUGCCUAUUUGCAUUGAAU